GGGCCGGGCCGGGCCGGGCCCACCCUCCGCUGCCCGUUGCCCCUCGCCAUGGCGGCGGAGGGGGCGGCGGUGCGGGUGGCGGUGCGGGUGCGGCCGCUGCUGCCCCGGGAAGCGCUGCGGGGCCACCGGCCCUGCCUGCGGGGCGACGCGGCCACCGGGGAGGUGGCGCUGGGCCGCCGCCGCCGCUUCCGCUUCGCCGCCGUGCUGCCCGAGGCGGCGGGGCAGGCGGCCGUCUACCGGGCCUGCGUCCAGCCGCUGCUGCGGGCCUUCUUCCGCGGCUUCAACGCCACCGUCUUCGCCUACGGGCAGACCGGCUCCGGCAAGACCUACACCAUCGGGGAGGCCAGCGUCGCUUCCAUCAACGAGGAUGAGCAGGGCAUCAUCCCCCGAGCCAUGGCUGAGACCUUCAGGCUCAUCGAUGAGAAUGACCUGAUCGACUACACGGUCCGAGUGUCCUACCUGGAGGUGUACAAGGAGGAGUUUCGGGACUUGCUACAGGUGGAUACAGCCAGCAAAGACAUCCAGAUCCGGGAGGACGACAAGGGGAACAUUGUGCUCUGCGGUGUGAAGGAGUCAGAAGUGGAAGGGCUAGAUGAGGUGCUGAGCCUGCUGGAGAUGGGGAACACAGCCAAGCACACAGGAGCUACCCACGUCAACAGGCAGUCGAGCCGCUCGCACACCAUCUUCACGGUGACCAUGGAACAGCGGCGGGGGCCUGGCCGCCUCCCCCUACACCACCACCCCACCUCCAUCCCUGCCUCGGGCCAGGUCCUGGUUUCCAAGUUUCACUUCGUGGACCUGGCAGGGUCAGAGCGAAUUGUGAAGACGGGAAACACAGGGGAGAGGCUGAAGGAGAGUAUCCAGAUCAACUGUGGCCUCCUGGCCUUGGGCAAUGUCAUCAGUGCCUUGGGAGACCCUCGGAGGAAGAGCAGCCACAUCCCCUACAGGGACUCCAAAAUCACCAGGAUCCUGAAAGACUCUCUGGGGGGGAAUGCCCAGACCGUGAUGAUAGCCUGUGUCAGCCCAUCCUCCUCCGACUUUGAUGAGAGCCUCAACACACUGAAUUACGCCAGCCGGGCUCAAAAUAUCCAGAACAAGGCCGUGGUGAACUGCCGCAAGGAGACUGAGCAUGUCGAAGAGCUUCACCUGCAGAUAAAGAACCUGCAGAAGGCGCUGGAACAGCGUCACCGCUCCGAGACCCGUAUCAUCAACCGCUCGGCCACCGCCAAACGAUGCGCGCCGGACCCCACGGCUCGGCUGCUGGCGGAGUGCGCACAUUACCGGACCUGCACCGACGCUGCGUACCGGCUGCUGAUGGAGCUGCAGGAGGACAGUAACCUGACGGUGGAGCAGAUCCUGCGGGUUAAGGAGUGGUUGUGUGCGGUAGAGAGCGAGAGGAGCGAGCUGACCUCAGCCGGGCUGGAUAGCGGCAUCGAGAGCACCUCCAUGGAAGACCAGAGCCCUGAGGCACAAGGCUUAAAGCUAGCAAAAGCCCAGGUGAACACUGAGAAGAGGUGCGAGACCAUCAAAGACGAGCAGCUGGCCAAACUGCAGAGGCAAGUGGAGCGCCUGGAGGAGGAGAACCGUGAUUUCCUGGCUGCCCUGGAGGAUGCCAUGGAGCAGUAUAAGCUGCAGAGCGACAAGCUGCAGGAGCAGCAGGAUAAGAUCUCAGAGCUGCAUGUGCGCUUGGAGAUGGCAAUGCCAAACCUGUGUGUGCCAGGACUGCUGGAAAACCUUCACCUGGUGACCGCCUGCCAGAGACCUCACACGGCCCCACUGGAUGCUGCCCCAUCCCAUGGCCCCAGUGGGGUUCACUCGGGGCUCCUUCCUACCGAGCAGAGUGGAAGAGCCCUUUGCAGGAAGCAGCUUGAGAGCAACCCCUCCUUCCAGGAGGAGGACCUGGCAGGCUGGCACCUGAACCAUGCACAGUGCCCGGCUGACAAUCCAGAGAACAAAGAUGCAGCACUGAGGAGGCAGCUCAGCCAGGACUUGGAGAAGCCAUUAGAGUUGUCCUCGGGAGAGGAGGAGGAUGGGGAACAGAAACGGUCCCUGUCCCAGCGCCGAAAUGGGAUCCAAAGCUGGAGCAAGAAAGAGAUUUGCAAGUUGAGCGAGGAGCUGAGUGGAGGCAAUGCCCACUUGAUUCAGGAGGAACAGCUGGAGCUGUCAAAAGAGGUCUGUAGGAGGCGGGAGCCGCUACUUGGUCCCUGGGAGCGCCUGCCAGGGAAGGACUCGGGGUGGAGGCUGGUGCAAGCACAGCAGAAGAUCCGAGAGCUGGCGAUCAACAUCCGCAUGAAGGAGGAGCUGAUCACGGAGCUCAUUAAAACAGGCAAGGACGCCCAGGCUCUGAACAAGCAGUAUUGCCAGAAGAUCAGCGAGCUGGAGCAGGAGGCAGAGCAAGUGCGGGCAGAGCUGAGCGACAGCCAGAAGCAGCUCCAGGAACUGGAGGCCAAAGAGCCGUGGGACCCUGGGGAGAAGCGCAAGCUGCAGGAGUACCGCACGCGCGUGGCGGCCGCGCAGAGCAAGGCCCGGGUUCUGUGCAAGAAGAAGCAGGCGACGGAGAGGCUGGUGUCGCUCUCGGCCCAGAGCGAGAAGCGAGUGCAGGAGCUGGAGAGGAACAUCCAGCUGAUGCGGCGGCAGCAGGGCCAGCUGCAGCGCCGGCUGCGGGAGGAGAGCGAGCAGAAACGGCGGCUGGAGACGGAGGUGAAUAAGCGGCAGCACCGAGUCAAGGAACUGGAACUGAAGCAUGAGCAGCACCAGAAAAUCCUUCGCAUCAAAACAGAGGAAAUCGCAGCUUUCCAGAGGAAGCGGCGGAGUGGCAGCAAUGGCUCUGUGAUCAGCCUGGAGCAGCAGCAGAAAAUCGAGGAACAGAAGAAGUGGCUGGACAUGGAGAUGGAUAAAGUUCUCGAGCAGCGCCGGGCCCUGGAUGAGCUGGAAGAUGAGCUGAGGAAGCGGGAAGAUAUCGUGGCCAAAAAGGAAGCCCUCCUCCAAGAGAAGAACGGCCUAGAGAGCAAACGACUGCGCUCCAACCAGGCCUUGACAGAUGACAUAGUACGUGUGUCCAGCCGCCUGGAGCACCUGGAAAAGGAGCUGACUGAGAAGAACGGGCAGCUGCGCCAUGGCAGUGCCCACGACCAGCAGCAGAUCCGCCAGGAGAUCAACAACCUGCGCCAGGAGAAGGACCAGCUGCUCAAACAGAGGUUGGAGCUCGACAACAAGCUGCGUCAGGGCACCCUGCUGUCCCCAGAGGAAGAACGGAUCUUGUUCCAGCUGGACGAGGCAAUUGAGGCUCUGGAUGCAGCCAUCGAGUACAAGAAUGAGUCCAUCACGUGCAGGCAACGAGUCCUGCGGGCCUCAGCCAGCCUGCUGUCCCAGUGCGAGAUGAACCUCAUGGCCAAGCUCAGCUACCUCUCCUCCUCCGAGACCCGAGCUCUGCUCUGCAAGUACUUUGACAAGGUGGUGACGCUGCGAGAGGACCAGCACAGGCAGCACAUUGCCUUCUCGGAGCUGGAGAUGCAGCUGGAGGAGCAGCAGCAGCUAGUGUACUGGCUGGAGGCGGCUGUGGAGCGGCAGCGCCUGGAGAUGGACCGCCAGCUCACCCUGCAGCAGAAGGAGCACGAGCAGAACAUCCAACUACUGCUCCAGCAGAGCCGUGAGCACAUGGAUGAGGGGCUGGCCAGCAGCAAACUGCAGUAUGAGGCAAGGAUUCAGGUGCUGGAAAAGGAGCUGAGCCGUUAUAUGUGGGCAAAUCAGGAGCUGAACCAGAGGCUGAGUAACAUGAACCUCCAUCCUGGACAGGCCAAAGGGAUGGAGAGAAGCAUUCAUGGGGCCGGGGACAGAGCUCCCACUGCACUCGGGACCUGCGAGGAAUCCAGCCUUGGGGAACAGCCCGUGCCUCUGGCAGUUGCUGAAGAAAGCCAUCGGGUCAGGGAUGAGAGCAGGGACCUGGUGCAUGCCCCUUUGCCAUCAACGUGGAGGCGUUCCUCCCUGCCCAACGACAGCCCCGGGGACCUUCGGCAGAGGGAUGCGGAGCACUUGCUGAGAGCGGGGCAGCCCCACGAGGUACACCCGCCACGGAGCCUCGCUCCGGCCUCCAAGCCCCGCCGGGAGCUGCGCAGAGCCAGCCUCAACGCGACCCCAGUGCCUUACCACCCAGCAAUGAUAGACGUCAGGAAAAACCCACUCUAGACACAGGCUUAACGCUUACCUGGCACAGGGCAGGGAGGAGCAGAUAUUGCUGGCGUGAGCUUAAGAGCCUUCCUGCCCCUCAGGCUAGCCUGGUGUCGUGUUUGAGCCUGGUCGGCAGCCAAACCAACCUGUUACAUUUCAGAGGCCUGAGGAAGAAAGAGACAUGAAUUUCAUCCUAAGGGAAGUAAGCAUGUAAGGUGCAGAAGCACCAGCCAAUGUUUCUCCACGCUGCUGCCAGUCAAGACAGUGCUGACUGGACACCUUACCUCCUGCACCCUCAGCAGGUUAAACACUGAGAAAUGGGACAUAGAUACCUUCCACCCUGGCCUCAUAACACUAAAAACUUGUUUACAGCUUGGAAACCUCUGUUGCAGGGCUUCCUCAGCCCUAGCAGCCUCUGAGGGAAAUGGUCUGCAGUUCUGCAGAACUUAUACAUAGAUGUUUCUAUUUUUUUUUAGUAACUUUUUGGGUUUUUUUACAUUUCUACUGUAACUUUUCUAAUAAAGCAGAGUGAGUUUAAUGAAUCAGUCACUUGUCAGAGGCUCCUGUUGUCAC